AUGAACAUGGAAGUAUCGUAUAUCAGUUCUCCCGAAUUCUACUCUCUGGCUCUCUAUAUUCUUGGCUCGAUUUCUCUUCCAAUCCAUUUGUUUGGUGCCUACUGUAUCCUAUGUCAAACUCCAGACACAAUGAAAAGAGUCAAGUGGGUUAUGUUCAAUUUGCAUGCGUGGAGUUGCUCUCUUGAUAUUUUAUUGGGUCUUUUGGGACAACCAUUCAUAGUACCUCCGGUUUUCGGAGGGGCGCCAAUGGGCUUACUGCAUCUACUCAAUGUGGAUCCAGGAAUCAUGGUUUAUAUGAUGGUAACUCUGAUUUUGAUGGUCUCUAUUUCCACGGGUGCCAUUUUCGAAAACCGCUUCUACCUAUUGUUCGUUGAGAAAACAUGGUGGCGUUUUGCCCGUUACCCAUAUUACAUUAUAAAUGUCGCACUCGCAUUUCUGUAUUAUGUGCCAACGAUGAUUGGAAUACCAGAUCAAACUGAAGCAAGGGAGUGGAUUUUCAGGAAACACCCCGAAGUUCGUCGGUUUGACAGUCCAGAACACCCCAUAUUUGUGGUAGCUUAUGAUAGUGUCGCUCGAGAUUGGAUUGGUAUCCGAAUGAUAAUUGCUAUCCCUGCUUGUAUCAUAGCAACUCCUCAAAUUCUGAUCAUUUUUAUUGGAUACUUAAAUCUCAAUACCCCCGAAAUGAAUAGUGUUGCCUACAUGAUGAUGUCGAUACAUGGUGCAUCUGCUACACUUAUCAUGCUAUACUGUCAUCAUCCGUAUCGAGAGUUUUGUAAAGAAUUGCUACGUGGAAGACUUAGAGUUUUCAAUAGAUGGACUCCAUUCGUUUCGGUUACAUCUCACUCUGAAGUUGUACGUUAA